AGCCAAUCAAUUACCCUUGUUCAAAGGGGUUAAUUAUCACUUUUGGAGCUUGAAAAUGAAGACCCUCUUCAAGUCACAAGAACUAUGGAGUGUGGUGGAGGAAGGGUUUGAAGAUGAGCAGCCUCAGGAGCCAGAUCAAGCCCUUCGAGAGAAAAGGAAGAAAGAUGCCAAAGCCCUUUUCCUUAUUCAACAAGCUCUAGAUGAUGAUAUUUUUCCACGCAUUGCUGCAGCCUCUACCUCAAAAGAAGCUUGGGGUAUUCUAAAGCAAGAAUACCUAGGAGAUAGGAAGGUAAUUAUGGUCAGAUUGCAGUCUCUCAGGAGGGAGAUGGAAAACACACGCAUGAAAGAUAAGGAGUCAGUUCAGGACUAUUUAUCAAGAAUCACAACCUUGGUGCAGCAGAUGAAGUCGUAUGGAGAGGAGGUUCAAUCUCAGCAGGUGAUAAGCAAGAUUGGCCGAGGAAGUCACAAGAACUGUGCGGCCUACGCUACUCUCCAACAGUUGCCGAAGAAGAGGAGCUUCACGGGCUUGCCUUCGUCCAUCCAUGGGUGGAAGAGCAAGUUCGUUUUCGUGUCCCUUGGUGAUAACGGCACUGAGUUUCCCUCUCUCGGCCACACUGGGAGGUUCAAUCUGCACGACCCGCCGAAGAGUUCGAUCCUGGACGCUCAGGUGGAGGCGUUCCUGGAUGGGGGGCCGAGGAGCGUGAAAGACUACAUCACUGAAUAUAAGAUGACCGCCCUCGGCUUCUUUAGGUACUAUGUGUAUGGCGACAAGGAGGACAAUGUCCAACUGUGGCCGAGGAUGACCACUACCUUCGAAGAGGCCGACGGCCCGGAUUUGGGCAUUCCUGCUGAGGCCGAUGACUUUGUGAUGGAUCGUCGUUCGAUUAUGGCCAUAGCCAAGGCCAAGGCGGCCGAGGAGCUGGCUGCGAAGGCGGUCGAGGCGGCGAGGCGUGCCGCGGCCGAUGGGGGCGGGGCUACUGCUGGUGCAGCCCCGAAGCCUGCCCAGUCAAAGAAGAAGCGGUCUCCCACUGACGGCCAGAAGAAGCUGACCGAGGCUGGCCUGAAUCUCGCUAAGAAGACGAAGAGGGCGCCGUCUCCUUCCCAUGCCGAUGAGGUCGGCGUUCUGACCGUCCCCAAUGUGGACGAUGGUGGUUCUGGCUCUGCUGCCGCCGUCGUGGAUCUUACCGCUGCUCCUUCCAGCGCCGUUGCUCAGCCGCUCCCUCUCGGCCAGGAGACUCGGACGAAGCGGGCUGGCAAGGAGAUUGCCGCUGCGACCUACCAGAAAAUGGUGGAGUACCCCGUUGGCGGGGGUGUCUUUGACGAUGGCGUCCUCGGCCAUGAUGUGCUUGCCCAGGCCAUGCCGGCCAAGGAUCGGGCCUACCUCAAGAGGCUCGGGGACGUCAAGGUGUAUGAAGGCGGGAUGGACCUCAUCGUCCAAGGUGCCUUCAUGCUCAUGGAGAGCCACAAAAGGCAGCAACGGGAGAUUGCUCGUCUGAAGGAGCUCGAGCAAAAAGCUGCCUCGGCCGAUGAGGCGGUGGCCUGCUUGGAUCGGCUCCGAGAGGAUGCCCAGGCUCUGCAGAAGAGAGCCGAUGAGGCAGCUGCAGCCAGGGACGAUGCCCUGGCCAAACUUGAGGAGAGCCAGAGGGCGCUUGAGGCUGAGCGGCGCAAGAAUGAUGAAGCCGUGAAGGCCAAAAUUGAGGUCGAGGCUGCCGCUGUGAAGGUCGCUGAUGAGGCCGUUCAAAAGUUCCUGGCCGAGGGAUGGAAGGCCGACGAGCGGCUCCCCUGGUGCUAUGAAGUGGUGGCCGCCAAGCUCGAAGAUUGGGGAAUGAACUCCCCCGCCGGCCAAGAGUACUUUGGAAGGGAGAUGUCCGUGUACUACAACAUGGGCCAAGAACGGAUGCAGAGGCUCCUGUGCCGGCGGCUGGCGCGUGCCCUUAAAGCCAUGAACUAUACCUCUGGGUGGGCGAGGCGAAACCUGAGGCUUCCCAGGCUGAUGAAGGAUCCCGAGGAGCAGGCCAAGCUUCCUCUUUCGGAAAAGGAGGCCCCAAUCGAGAGUUCCGGCCUCGGCGAGCCGGACUAUGGCGAGUUUGAUUUCCUGGAUGAUGCCACCAGUUCUGCAGCUGCCGCCGACCAGGAGACUGAGGCCGAGGAGGGAACUGAAGAUGCCGGAGAUCAAACCCAGGCUGGGCAUGAUGGAGGCGCCCAAGAGACUUGAUCGGCUACUCCCCGUUCCCUAUCUUGUAAUUAGUUACCUUUUAUUUCUGCCCAUGUGAUGUAAUGGCCGAAGCGCCCACCAAUGUACUUAACUGUUGAUGAAUGAACGCUUUGCUGUCC